AUGACCCAUCCCACAAAGGCCAUUUACAAGUGGCUCAUCCAGGACAGCGUUCGGGUCGGAAACACUUCAUCCAACCCUUCGACGCAACCUGUCUAUACCGAAGCAGAUCAUAUGAACACGUUCCCUCAAAUCGAAGCCAUCGACUACCACACCACCCACACCAUCUCCUCCAUUCGCAUCACUCCCUACCCCGCAGGGCAUGUCCUCGGCGCGGCUAUGUUUCUGAUCGAGAUCGCGGGGCUCAAAAUAUUCUUCACGGGUGACUACUCUCGAGAACAGGAUCGACAUCUUGUGUCAGCGGAGGUUCCAAAGGGUGUCAAAAUCGAUGUUCUCAUCACCGAGUCGACGUACGGUAUCGCGUCACACGUGCCGAGAGUGGAAAGAGAGCAAGCUCUCAUGAAAUCAAUUACAAGCAUCCUCAACCGUGGCGGCCGCGUUCUGAUGCCUGUGUUCGCCCUCGGUCGAGCUCAAGAAUUACUGCUCAUUCUCGACGAGUACUGGGGCAAGCACCCCGACUUCCAGAAGUACCCCAUCUACUACGCCAGUAACCUUGCCCGAAAGUGCAUGGUCGUUUAUCAGACGUAUGUGGGAGCCAUGAAUGACAAUAUCAAAAGACUCUUCCGCGAAGGAAUGGCACAAGCAGAAGCAUCAGGUGACGGCAGUGGCAAGGGUGGUCCGUGGGAUUUCAACUAUAUUCGAUCGCUGAAAAAUCUUGAUCGAUUCGAUGACCUGGGUGGUUGCGUGAUGCUGGCCAGCCCGGGUAUGCUGCAAAAUGGAGUCAGCCGAGAGCUGCUGGAAAGGUGGGCGCCAAAUGACAAGAACGGCGUCAUUAUCACCGGUUACAGUGUUGAGGGUACCAUGGCCAAGCAGAUCAUGCAGGAGCCAGAUCAGAUCCAAGCCGUGAUGAGCAGGACCAUGGCCAAUGCUCGUCGCGGUCCCGGUGGAGACGGAGAGAAGUUUUUGAUUCCCAGGAGGUGCAGUGUACAGGAAUACUCAUUUGCCGCACACGUCGACGGGACGGAAAACCGCGAGUUCAUUGAGGAGGUUGCUGCUCCAGUUGUAAUCCUUGUCCACGGCGAACAGCACAACAUGAUGCGCCUCAAGUCCAAGCUUUUGUCUCUAAACGCAAACAAAUCCAUCAAGGCCAAGAUCUUCAGUCCCAAAAAUUGCGAGGAACUCCGCAUUCCAUUCAAGCAGGAUAAGACAGCCAAGGUUGUCGGCAAGCUAGCCACAAUUCAACCGCCUACGAAGAGCACAUUAGAGGAUGGCCAGAACGCCCCCCUAAUCACAGGCGUCCUUGUCCAGAACGACUUCAAGCUGUCUCUGAUGGCACCCGAGGACUUGCGUGAAUACGCUGGUCUCAAUACCACGACCAUCACCUGCAAGCAACGCCUCAAGCUCAGCGCCGCCGGCAUUGACCUUAUUCGGUGGGGCCUUGAGGGCGUAUUCGGCACCGUUGAGGAACUUCCCGAGAUGCACAAGAAGAAGCUCAGCAAGACGCAUGAUGGCGAUCAUGAAGAAGCAGAUGAAAACACAAACGAAGUCCCCAAACAAGAGGAGGCCGAUGAAGAAGUGGCGAGCUUAGUAGCUGCAUACCUUUUGAUGGGCUGCGUAACAUUCCGCUACCGUAGCGACGGCGAAGUUGAGCUUGAGUGGGAAGGCAACCUUCUGAACGACAGCAUUGCAGACGCUGUACUGACCUGUCUCUACUCGGUGGAGAGCAGCCCCGCUGCCGUAAAGCGUUCCGGCAACACACACCAGCAUGACCACGGACCCACAGGCCAUAACCCACACGCUAAUCUUUCUCCUGAGGAACGACUCGAGCGAUUCCUCAUGAUUGUGGAGAACCAAUUCGGCGCUGACAAUGUCAAUCCUGUUGCGGAUCCGAAGUUGCCUGUUACUUCAAAGGAUGAUGCUAAGGGCGAGGACGAGGGCGAGGACGCUGAUCCUUCUGCCAUGGACACGUCAAAUGAUGGCGGGGACAAAGAUCUUGAUGAACGUCGCCGCGCAGAACUUGAUCGUCUGCACAAACUGGGUAUCCCUGUUCCAGGAAUCCACAUCAAGGUUGAUAAGAUGGAGGCUACCGUAUGGUUGGAAGAUUUAGAGGUUGAUUGUGUUCACAAGGCGUUUGCGGAUCGUGUGCGCCGCGUCUGUGAACGUGCCGCCGAGGUUACGGCGCCGUUGUGGGGUUGA